GACGAGGGAAAAUUCAAGAUGGAUGCAACGAAGAAACCAUUGUUGAUUCCACCUGAAUUCUCAAAUUAUGCGGAAAAACAUAAUAUUUUUCAGAUUUAUGAGUCCCUACUGACAAAACUGAUAAUAGAGCAGCCUGCAGACCCACUGACUUAUAUGAUAGGUCUUCUCGAACAAGAGAGUGAAGUUCCACAGAUCAUUAUUCAUGGACCUCCAGCAGCAGGAAAGAGAACAAUGUCUGUGAUGGCAGCCGAACAUUUCGACUGUGUUCAUAUCACACUAGAGAACCUCUUGGCAGUAUCAGAUUCAAAAUCAUCAAAGAAGGCUCAGGAGUACAUAUCAGCAAAAGAGAUGGUACCUACUCAUAUUUGGGUCAGUCUCAUCAAAGAAAGACUACAGAAAGAAGAUUGCAUCAGUAAGGGUUGGUUGCUAGAGGCCUUUCCACAGACAAGGGAGCAGGCCCAAGCACUUCAGGCAGAGGGAAUCAACCCAAGACAUUUUGUUCUCCUGGAGGCCCCAGACACAGUCCUGAUAGAAAGAGUGAUGGGCAAGAGAAUUGAUCCAGAGACUGGUGAUGUGUACCAUUCAACAUUUGACCCACCUACUGACCCAGCAGUUGUGCAACGUCUUGUACCAGACUCCAAAUCCUCAGAGAAAGUCAUGAUUCAGAGACUGAUGGAGUACCACAGGCAUAUUGACGGAAUCUUGAUGUGCUUUGAAAAGAUUCAUAAGUCCAUAAACGUUGAUCAACCUAAAGCAGACGUCUUCUCACAGGUGCUGUCCUAUCUAAAGAUGAAUCAUCGAAAUAAUGCCCCUCAUACCCCGCGAUUGAUUCUCCUGGGCCCAACCGGGUGUGGCAAGAGUGUCCAGGCGGAACUGUUGGCCAGUAAAUAUGGCUUGGUUAACGUUUCCUGCACAGAGCUGAUCAAACAAUCAUUGGUGGAUGAUUCUAACGUUGGUGACGCAGUGCGGCCGUAUACUGAUCGGCACAUGUUGGUACCCGAUGAUUUGGUUCUACAACUACUCAAGUAUCGCCUGGCCCAGUUGGAUGCUGUUACUAAAGGCUGGGUUAUUCACGGCUUUCCUAAGACAAGAGAACAGGCGAGGGCACUGACCAGGGCUGGAUAUGAAGCAAAUAGGGUGAUAUUUAUGGACGUUCCAACGGACACGAUACUUGAAAGAUUGACUCUGCGCAGUGUAGAUCCAGUCACUGGUGAAAGAUAUCACCUAAUUUAUAACCCACCUCGCACAAACGAAGUAAAACAGAGGUUGCACACGAGCCCGAAAGACGUAGAGUCAGCGGUCAACUCACGCAUAGCUCAGUACCAGGCGUACGUCGAGGAGAUUGCGGAGUAUUAUGAGGAGUCUGUGCAGCACAUCAAUGCUGAUCAAGAUAUUCACACCGUGUUCGAGUGUAUUGAAAGUAUAAUAGUAAACCCCAUUCCCACAAAGAACGAAGUGUAACAACGCUUGGGAGGGAGGAUAUGCUUUCAUAUGUUGACAGCCACACCUGAUCAAAGCUGUAAAUACUGAGUUCACUGUGGAGGUGUCUUAACGUUGUAUUAUAAGAAUGUUUUUAAAAGUGUUACUAUUUGGUCCGUUUUAAGUCCACAAUGUCGAUCUCUUUAGCAUCUUCUUUUUAUUAAAGGUUUGUCUACAACAAAUCGA